AUGAAAAUGAGCUCCCCUCAGCAAUCCUCUAUGCCUCCUCCGCCACCUCCGCCACCUCAAUCAGUUUAUCAUUCUUCUUCUGUUCCAAUUCUACCUUCGACUCCUGCUUCUGAUGGUACUCAUGCAGGCCAAGAAUCGGAGCAAAAUUAUUACAAAAGCAACAAUGUGACGGUCUUUGCGUGGAAUGGGAAUAAUCCAGAGAAUAUCGAAUUCGAAUUUCCCAGGCUGGAAGACAAGAGUGGGACUAUUUCUCUUCGGAGCGUGGUAAUUCAAUAUGUUGGAGCUCUUCAGUCUCGCAAGGUUGCCGCCGACAAGCUCUUCCAGAUAAUUGGGCGCUUGAGAUGCCUGCAGUAUGCGAUAGAGCGUUACAAUUGCGGCCUGCUGUCCCAGACCCAAGAGUUCCUUCAAUACUGGCGCCGGCACACCCUGGGCUUACUCUCCGGGUUUGGAUUUCGACCGGGUGCUGAAUUAGAAACCAUCCAAAUUGAUGGGCUUGCUGAGCUGAUCUCUCGACUCGAAUUGAUGUUCCAGCAGAACAUCCAUGCCGCCCAAGAGUUGAUCACAAGUGGAAUGAUUACCUUUGAUGGAUUGGGAGAGCUUUUCAAGCCAGAUAUUCCCAUUAAAUCAACGUCUAUUUCCGGCUCAGUUCCCUGUGCAUAUCGCGUGACAGAUUCAUUUUAUGAAGAAUACCGUACACUCUUUGGAUCACAGAAACACUUCCACGUCACUAUGGAAGCCGUGGUUCUAGUGGGCGACCACUUCUCUGUGGCCUCAUUCUCGGAAGUUCUGUCUGCUUGGAGCGGCAUCCGUGUUCGCAGUCUGACUGAGUUCAGUUAUCAGCCUCUUACUGAGAGCGAACGGCAGAUAUUUCAAGCACGCGGUGAACGAGCUGUCAGUCAUGGACUUGGUGGGGCGAAGUACCUUAGCUAUGGACCUAAUACUUUUUACGUUCACACAACUCGAUCCAGACGAGACGCUCCUGGAAUGGCACAGGCUACCAAUAGCUCAAUUUCCCUGACAGGAGGUCGCGUUAUGAUCGACGUGGCUCGAGGCUCAUCACUGGGACACUACCCAUGCCAAGGAGUCGACGAGGUUACUUUGUCUAUUAUACAACUUGCGGGGCGUUACAGGCAAUGGCUCUCGAAACGCUCCCGGUUCAACACUCUCGAGACAGAACAGCUGGUGUUAUGGGACUCUGUACCUCAGGAAUUUGUCCUCUUCUUUUGGCCUGCACUCGUCGGUUUCAGUUUCACCGCUAAGGCUUGGGGUCAUGUUCUAGUUGACGGUCUGUCACCUAUCAACUUUCAGGAUCAAGCUUUCGACCACUUGGUACUUAAGCAAGAGCGCAAGGACCUUAUCCGCGCUGUCGUUCGUCACCGAACAGCCCUUCAAACACCAGAUGUCAUUGGAGGGAAACAAGGCGGGCAAAUAUUUCUCCUACACGGACCUCCUGGUGUUGGAAAAACUCUGACGGCCGAAGCCAUUGCAGAGGUCCUCUAUCGGCCAUUAUACUACGUCACCAUGGGUGAGCUCGGUGUGACACCGGAGGAUCUAGAACGGAGAUUGUCCGAUGUUCUUGAGCUUUGUGCAGAAUGGGAUGCAUUGGCUGUGCUAGAUGAGGCAGACGUCUUUCUGGAGACCCGUAGUACCUGUGAUUUGAUCCGCAACGCGAUGGUCUGUGUUAUGCUCCGCAUUCUCGAGUACCACCCUGGUAUAUUGUUCCUCACUACCAAUCGGGUUCGGACACUUGAUCCAGCAUUCGAAAGUCGAAUCACAGUUGCCCUUCGCUACGAAGAGCUUGACCGUGAUGCACGAAUGCAAAUAUGGAAGAGUCAAGUCGAAAGACUUCCUACUCAGCUGUCCGCGGACAUCGACUAUCACAGACUCGCGGAACAGCCACUGAACGGAAGGCAUAUCAAGAAUGCGGCUCGAUUGGCGCUCAGUCUGGCUACCGAAAAGAAAAGUCCUUUGACUGAAUCCUUAUUGCUUACCACUGUGGAUGUCAUUUCUAUCGGUUAUCAAAAUAUUCUAGCGGAUGAUGCAUGGGAAACAAGAAGUUCAUAG